GAAUAUACAGUUAGUGCAAUAUCGAUUUGCGGAAAUAUUAGAACACACUUCUUGAAAGAUGAGCGUUACUUUCAAAUUCUUUGUCGUCGCAACAUUGGCUCUUACAGCAACGUCUUUAAGUGCUUCGGAGCGCGAACCGUUGAGCUCAUCGGAUACCACGACCGUUGAACAUUUCAUAUUGGGUAGCACCGUUGACGGUGCUGUACCGAUUUACCAAUUUCAAGAGACCGUUACACCUAAUAUCGACCAAAAUGAAAUAAUCGUUAAUAUACAAUAUCCGAAAUCAGCUGAUGACGGUGCCGAUAACAAUUCAACGGACGCUGGCGAUCAACUUAUUACGAAAGUCAGUUUGUAUGUGGAGGGCGAUGCAGGCUUUACAUCUCAAGCGUACACGACGGCGGGCGGCAUAGGUGAACGAAGUAUUACAGUACAGCUGGUCGCCACUAAUACGGAGACACUACGCUAUAUUGUGAUUAUUGAUGGCUUGAAAGCUUAACUGGAAAAAAAA